CGCAGUCGUCCGAACCGUUAUAUAUAUAACUCCCCGCGUUGUACGACAACAUCUCCCGGACGCCGUCAAAAUUCACACGGAGCAGAAGCAUUUGAUUGAUACACACACACAUAUCUGCAUCAUCAAUCUCACACAGCGGCAGUAGUCAAUGCAAGCAGUCACUACUUCACUCAUAAGGACCACCAUCAGAACUCCACGCAUUCCUGGGCAUUUACUCCGAAAACAACAACCCGCUCGCACUAUCACCACAACCCCAACCACAACCGCCAAGAUGACCACCGGUACCUUCCGUUACGCCGACCCAGCAACCAUCAACCGCUCCACCACCCCCUUCGUCAAGUCCUGGUCCAAAGUAGACGUCGACUACUCGUCCUUCUCGCGCGUCUCCGUUUCCAAGCCCGUUCACGACCUCCGCUCUGCUGUUGAAUCCUCCCCCUCCGAUUUCGGCGUCGACGUCUCCGGCUUCGCGCUGUACACCCACCCAGCCAAGGAAACCGCCUUCACCGACGAGCGCGCCAUCUGGUCGGGGUACUACGCCGAGGUGGAAGCCUUGCUGCGGGAGAAGUUGCCAGGGAUCAAGCGCGUCGAGAUCUUUGACCACACCAUUCGAAGGAACAACGGUUCGGCAGCCAGGAGGCCCGUGCAGCAGGUGCAUGUCGAUCAGACGCCUGCUGCUGCCGCCACGCGCGUCCGGAGACAUGUGUCUCCCCCCGAAGAGGCCGAGAAGCUGCUGAAGGGGAGGUACCAAAUUAUCAACGUCUGGCGGCCCAUUUCGCACCCGGCGACCGACUUUCCGCUGGCCUUUAUUGAUUGGCGCUCUACUUCGCCGGGCGAUCUGGUUCCUAUUGAUCUGCUCUACCCCAAGCGGUCUGAGCCUGAAGACGACGGCGAUGAUCGCGGCAAGGAGGUAGCCCCUGCUGAGGAGACAUACCCCAAAACGGAAGGGUAUGAAGUCAAGGGCGAGACGUACGGCGUUGUUCCGAAUGAGACACACAAGUUUUAUUAUGUCAAGGAUAUGAAGCCCGAGGAGGUGGUGCUCAUCAAGUGCUUUGAUAGUUGGGGCGAGGGGCUGGAGGAGCCGUGGGGAAAGGGAAAGAAGGGAGUGGCGGGCUGGACGCCGCAUACGGCUUUUGUGGAUCCCGCGACGCCCGAGGGGACACCGGGACGGGAGAGUAUCGAGGUUAGGUGCUUGGUGUUUUAUGAGGAUGAAGAGUAGGAGGCUUGUGGGAAUGGAGACUGUUGGUAGUGUGCAUGGUAUGCUGAUGGGUGGUAUGGGCGAGCGAUGCAUGAUCGGGGACAUUCCGUUUACCGGCACCCUUUUUGCCGAUUUUUGUUUUUGGGGGUAUCCAUAAAUAUGUACAAGACGGCAAAUGAAACAACAAAAAAAGAACUUGGUAUGUCACCUAUCACCAUAAGCCUUCGC